AUGAAGAACGUCUUGGCUCGGUCCGCCCUCCGGGUCGCUUCCGGCUCGACCAGGACGCUGGCACGCAGCGCUGUCACACCGGCCCUCUUCCGAUCCAAUGGUCUCGCUCCCCACGGCUCUUCCGCCGAGGCAUUCCGUGGCGAUAAGCUGGCAGCUCCUCGCGCUUUCUCUACCUCGCCAACAGCCUGCAAGAAAAAGGGCAAGAGCUCGAGCGCGGUAGAGGAGGUCACUGAGUUUGACGACGACGACUCUGCCGCAUUCGAGGACGACGACCUGUUUGGCGGCACCACAUCGGAGCACGUCGGCCCAGACGACGCCGCAGCACCACCGAGCUCGGACCCGGCGGGCCCGCGGCAGCCGGCGGGACCAACGUGGAACCAGGCGUUUGCGUUUGUCGAGUCGCACCUGGCGUGGGACAAGCUGGACCUCAGCCGGGAACCCAGCGUGCGGCGGUGGCGCUACCUGGCGCGCCACGCCAACACCAAGGACGAGCUCCUCUCGGCCCUCUCGCUCGCCGAGACCUACCUCGACCGCGUAGGCAAACUGGGCGUAGAGAGCGGACCCAUCUUUGGCCGUCGUGCCGCCGCCAUCGGCUACCCCGAGGUCGGCCUGCACGCCUUUCUCGAGAGGUACCGCUUCGGCAUGGAGGCGGACCUGCCCACCCUCUACCUCAUCCAGCGCGAGCUGAGGGCAAAGGCCAUCAGCGGGAGCACAGAGGCGCUGCUCGAGAGCGUCACGCUCGAGGGCGCGCCCGUCCAGGAGGUCGACCUCCUCGCACCCGUCGCGCCCGAGGCGGAUGAUGCCGCCGCCGCCCCUGCCGCCGACGCCGAGGCAGCCGCACCAGCAGAGACUGCCGAGCAGACCGACGCCGACGCCGACGCUGCGGUGCGGGCCCAGCUCUCCAUCCUGGACCGCAUGGCCCUGGCCGUGAUCCUGACGCCGCACUUCAACUACGGCUUCGUCGACCCCAUCAUCCUCUCGUUCCUGCCCGCCACGUACAUCAACGUCUUUGGGCUGCAGGAGGCGUCCAACCGCUCGCGGCCGGACCGGGGUCGGGUCGUUGAAAAGGUCGACUCGACCAUCUCGCUCCUCGUCUCGGCCAUGGACACGGCGCUUCCGGACAAGAACGCGCGCAGGCCCAAGCCCUUCCGCAUGCCCAGCCACUUUUACGCCGGCACGACGUCCCAGUCGCGCGAGCAGGGCCUCAAGACGGUCCGCGCCAACCUGCACGACAUCCUCGCCUACCUCGGUAGCCGCCGUCAGCAGGUCGACGCCCGCGGCCUCGAGCCCGUCCGAGUCAUCGAGCGGUACAUGAAGAAGCUCGACAAGCAGUCUGCCAAGAUGAUCCUGGACGAGGUCAAGCCCAAGGUCCAGCAGAGCGUCCGGCAGUAG